AGAGAGAGAGAGAGAGAGAGAGAGAGAGAGAGAGAGAGAGAGAGAGAGAGAGAGAGAGAGAGGUGUGUGUGUUGGUGGUGUAUGAACAGUAUGGCCAACAUCGCGGUCCAGCGGAUCAAACGGGAGUUUAAAGAGGUUCUGAAAAGCGAAGAGACGAGUAAAAACCAGAUCAAGGUGGAUUUAGUGGAUGAGAAUUUUACAGAACUGAGGGGGGAAAUCGCAGGACCGCCAGACACGCCUUAUGAAGGUGGCAGAUAUCAGCUAGAAAUUAAAAUUCCAGAGACGUAUCCAUUUAAUCCGCCAAAGGUUCGGUUUAUAACGAAGAUCUGGCAUCCCAACAUCAGCUCGGUAACAGGUGCCAUUUGCUUGGACAUCCUGAAGGACCAGUGGGCGGCAGCCAUGACCCUCCGAACAGUGUUACUGUCACUACAGGCUCUUCUGGCCGCGGCUGAACCAGAUGAUCCACAGGACGCAGUAGUCGCCAAUCAGUAUAAACAGAACCCAGAGAUGUUCAAACAGACGGCUCGACUCUGGUCACAUGUUUACGCAGGAGCUCCCGUCUCCAGCCUGGACUACACACGCAAAAUAGACAAACUCUGCUCUAUGGGCUUUGAGAAAAACGCAGUAAUAGUGGCGCUGUCGUCGAAAUCAUGGGACGUGGAGACGGCGACAGAACUGCUGCUCAGCAACUGAGUCCAACCUGAGGGGCCAAAGCACCUUAUCUGACACAAUCCCACCCUCUUCCCUGUUUUCUCUCUCAUUCUCUUUAUCCUCCUGUACUCUCUCCAUCUUUUCCAUUCCUUCAUUCAAAAUAGUUCAUCCCAAACUGAAAAUGUCUUCUUCAUGUUGAUCUGAACUUGUAUUUCUUCAGUAGUUUAGCUGAAUGUUCGCGCUGCUCUUUCUCUGUACCAAGAAAGCGGCUGGUAAUUUUGCAGUAAAAAUGCAGGUUCGGAACAACAUGAGCGUGAGUAAAAGACACGUUUACUUUCAUUUUGGGGUGAUCUUUUUUCUUUUCUAUCUCUUUCUUUUGUUUACUUAUUUUGGUUUGGAUGUGCCUUUUUUUUUUCUUUCUCUCUUACAAUCUUCCUCAUCAUCAUCAUCAUCAUCAUCAUCAGUCCAGCAAUCUGACUCUAGCCCGACUGUAGCCCCGCCCCCUCACACACACACCCAAUCAGCACUGCAGUCUUUCUCCCUCCCGCACAAUCAUUGGCCCUUUAAUCUGGAAAACAUUUUUAAAACUACAGUGUCAAAAAUGGUACCUUCACUCAUAGAUGUUAAUCUCAAACAUUCAAGACUGGAAAAAACACUCACACACGCAAAUAUACGAAAGACGAGAGUUCAUCUGUAAAUAAAGCUAUUAAAGUCUGUAUAAAUUAAA